AUGCGGAAAUUACUCCUGUUAACAACAUUAUUAUUAGUUUGCCACGCGGGCAAGCGAUCCCAUAAUAUUGAUGCUGAAUUGAUGGAUGAUAUAGUUAAAGCGGAACGAGAAGUCAGCAGCCACCCUAAAAAGGUGAACCGGCGCGGCAUCCCUGGCCGACGCCUCGAAAAUGAAGUGCGAGACGCCGAUUUUGCCAAACCAAAUUAUGGUAAGGACGACGAUGAUUAUUCUGAGUUUGAGCAAAAGGAGCUGGGGCGAAUAGAAUCUCAGGAGCUGAGCACAGUGACAUUUGCUCCUUCCUCAGCGGAAGAUACACGGCCAUCAUUGGAUUCGAGCGAAGUGGCUGUUGGGAUGCAGAAAAAAUAUAGGUCAUCAGAGGAGAUGGGAGCUCCAAUGGCCGGAAAAGGGUCAACCACCGAAAGGCCACCGCUGUAUGAGUUACCACCUCCGCGUAAAGGCUUUUAUUUCCAACACUAUCCAUGGUGGCUCCUCCCCAGACAAUACAGACUUAGGUCGAAAGAUUUCGGAUACGUUUAUCCACCGCAGUACCAAAGAGCCAAAUAUUACUGGCCCGGCCGCCUACCAUCGUACUAUGAUCCAUACGCAAUUUACGAAAGUACAAAACGCGCUCGAGAACAUUACUAUGGGGGCGCCGGAGGCUAUGGUGGAGCGUCUGGUGGUGGUCAAGGAUUUGGUGGUGGCGGCAUCGAGACUGAUAACUUGGACAGUGGAGAGGUUGAAUUGAGCAAAAAGGCAAACCCUCUCGACGACCUGUCCCUAGAAACUUUGCAAAAGAUCGAUAAGCUCGGCGCAGAUGGGCUGGUGGACGAGGAGGAAACGGACGAUUUCGCAGUGGCCGUUGCCAAGUCGAAGCGUGAUCGCGCACCCGUCGCUCGGGCACUUCGGAGUAGAGCUGUA